AUGAAACACUUGGAAACAACCUUGGAGGCCAUCUUGACGAGGCGCCAAAACGCCAACAAAUUGCGGCGUCUUACCAUCAAUGAUCCCAACAAGGUUGACUUCUCGUCAAAUGAUUACUUAUCACUCUCCCAAGAUGUUGCCAUCCAAAGAGAAAUCUUGGCGCGUCUUGAAGCCAGAGUUGCUGCCGCUGAGUGUGGUGGGCUUUCGAAGGGAAUCCUAGGCUCGGGAGGCUCAAGAUUACUGGAUGGAAACUCGAGCUUCGCUGAGGAAAUCGAACAGAAAAUAGCACGAUUCCAUGGUUCACCUGCAGGACUGCUUUUCAACUCAGCCUAUGAUGCGAACAUUGGUCUUCUUAGCUGCGUCCCACAGCCUGGAGAUAUCGUCCUAUACGAUGAGGCAAUACACGCGAGCGUGCAUGAUGGCAUGCGCUUAAGUCGUGCCAGUCAUUGUAUGGCAUUCUCGCAUAGUUCUGUGGUUGAUGGGUCGGGUAAUCAAUCUGAGCAAUUCGCUAUCCCCAGUCUGGCGGAAACCCUGCAGAAAGUUACGCUGGGUGACCAAGGACAAAAGGCGAAAAUGGGUAUCAUCAACAUCUUCAUAUGUGUUGAGGGCAUAUAUAGUAUGGAUGGAUGCGUGACGCAGCUCAAAGACGUUGUGCGUCAAGUGGAUCAAUAUCUACCUCGCGGGAACGGCUACAUCAUUGUGGACGAAGCGCACUCCGUGGGCGUCUUAGGCGAAAGAGGCCGUGGUCUGGUAUGUGAACUCGCAUUGGAGGAAAAGGUUUGGGCGAGAGUUCAUGGCUUUGGAAAAGCUAUUGGGUGUAGUGGAGUAGGCAUAGUGUUGUGUUCGGACACUGUGCGGUCGUAUCUGGUCAACUAUGCUCGGACGCUGAUUUACACCACUUCAAUGUCGUACUCAUCACUGGUGAGUAUUGACGUCGUUCACGACUAUUUGGCAAGAGGGCGAACCAAGUUAAGGAUACAACACCUCGCAGAUCUCAUUCAAAGUUUGCACAAUUUACUCGAAGCUCUCUCAUCACGCCUGUCGCCCACUAAAAGUUUCCUUCGCAUACAACAAAGACCAGGAACUUCACCUAUCAUCCCUAUAUAUACCACACGUCCUCGACAGCUCGCCGCUUACUGCCAGAUGGACGGGUUAAUGGUAAGGCCUAUUAUGUCUCCCACAGUACCCGUAGGAACCGAAAGGAUUCGUGUUUGCCUACACGCUGGCAACACAAUCGCCCAAGUGGAAAGGCUGGUCGAUACCAUUGGCAAUUGGGUCCAAGAACAACAAACUAUGGAAAUUAUCGAGGAAGACAAUCGUCGGCGUGUAUCAGCGGUUGCAAACCGAAUAGGCAAUCAAGCCAAGCUUUGA